AUGCACUACGUACCCAUGGUUAUACCUAAGCUCAGAAUCUUCGACAUAGCUGGUGUGCCUUUCGAUGACGUCUCUCCAGAAGAAAAGAUAUACACCGCCAGUAUCGAGAAAAAAGUCAACUCGGACAAUGAAAAUUUCGAUCAGAUCGAGAAUUAUGCAGUAAACCUCGAUGUCACAAGACGACCCCAUCCCAUUGCCUUGCGCCUGUUUCUUCUAGAGCUCGAUGAUUUUGUUCGCCAUAAUCACUUCAACAUUCUCCACCCGAUCCUUCGGCGCUCGAAUGAAGAAGAGGAGAAAUUACAAAGUGUCUGGUUGAAGGGACACACAGACACCGGCGGUAUCACUAUCCUAUGGAGCCAGCCUAUUGGCGGCCUGCAAAUUAAGGCUCCUGACGGCACGUACUACAAGCACACAAUUCACCGUGUCAUCCAGCCCCCCUCGGACCAACGUGCAUACGACCGUCUGGGUGUAUACUACUUCUCGAUGCCAGAUAACGACGUUCGUUUGUUGCCGUGUUUUGAGAGCCCUGUGUUAAAGCGCGUUAGGAUUGAGCGCAAGUUUCUCGAUGAGGAUGCGCCAUUGUCCAAGACGUGGAGGAAGAGAAGGAUGAAGGCAUAUGGUCGGAGGACUGAUCUUAAGAAGGGGGUGGAAUUCGAUGUUGAGGAGGAGGUCAUCGAGGGGAUUGUGGUGAAACAUUAUAACUAA